UCUACUCUAUAGAAAACACUAUUAGUUCCAGGCUCGUAGCGGCGUAGACUAAGGAAAUCGCACUGUGGACACGAGACUAGCAGCAGGACUCACUUAGCCAAAAACACUAAUUUUUCCGGUCGAAAAGGUUAUUGUUCUCAUGCUGGAUCAAUAUCUCGAGGGGUCCUAUUGCCAAAGGACGCAGUGGCGCAUUGAACUAUUGAAGUUCAUCCUCCAAAACUUGGUGGGCUGAUGAGCGCAUGGAGGGAGAGUAUCGUUCUGGGUAGUCUUCCCUUUCAUUCAGAGAGAAAAAGAACGCGGUUUAUAGAUUCCAGGGGGGAAGACGAGGGGAUUCUUUUCAUGCUAAGGGAAGAAUCAUCUGACUUGUGUAUCGCACUCGAACAUCUCCAUGAUUCUUCUUCCUCUUCAUCUUUUCCAUCCCUUCUCUAUCUUCCCCUCCUCCUCCAACAUCCUAUCCUCAUCGUCACUUUGUCACUUUUAUCACCUGAAUCUUCACUCAGCCACUUACUUCCUCGUCUUAUCUUUUCUCCUCCUCUCCUGACGCUGCCUAACUGCCUAACCUUGCAAGUUCUCCCCUCUUUCUACCUCCUUAACACUACUCCAUCCAACUCAUCAUCGACUCCGCCAUGGACUGCGUUGGCCCGUCUUGACUUGGCCUGCUGUUCUUAGUCGCAGACUUUGCUUAUUCUUACGCUUCAUUCGCCCACAACUAGUUAUACUAACUCCUCCCGCCUCUCUCGUUCUCUCUCCUCCCGUUACUCGUCCCAACUCCACCUCCUGCAUCAUCUUUUCUUCUACGUGGA